AUGGAAGGUGCUCGUCUGAAGCGCAUUGUACGAGAAAUCGCUGCUUGCGAGAGGGAAUCAGACGAUGAGAUUUCUGUCUAUCCGAUAGACGAAUCGCCAUUUCACCUGAUUGGAACGUUCCCUGGUCCGAUCCACUCACCCUAUGAGAACGGUCUCUUCAAGGUCGAUAUCGUGGUGCCCGAGGGCUAUCCAUUCCACCCACUCCAGAUGCGCUUCAUCACUAGAGUGUAUCACCCAAAUGUUUCAUCACAAAGCGGAGCCAUUUGCUUGGAUAUCCUCAAAGAUCAAUGGUCGCCCGUGUAUACGCUCAAGUCGACCCUCAUGUCCCUUCGCUCGCUGCUGUGCUCACCUGAACCUAAUGACCCUCAGGAUGCCGAAGUCGCCAAACACUACACAAGCGACUUUGAAGGCUACGAGCGCACAGCGCGGUACUGGACUGAGAUCUUCGCAAAGCGCGAUAAUGAACAAUCGAGCGUGCCACCAUCAGAUGCCGACGAAGCGCAACUGGUGGGUCUAGACCCAAAACAUGUCGAAAAGUUUGUCAACAUGGGCUUUGCCAAGUCGCGCGUCAUUGAAGUGAUGCGACGGCUCAACUACCGCGGUGAAAAUAUUCAAAAUAUCACGGACGAGCAAGUGACGUCACUCCUUUCGGAGUAA